UAUGCAUCUUGCCAGUUUGGUCAGCUCUUGCUCCCUCCUGCUGCUGCUGGGGGCCCUGCCUGGAUGGGCAGCCAAUGAUGACCCCAUUGAGAAGGUCCUUGAAGGGAUCAACCGAGGGCUGAGCAAUGCAGAGAGAGAGAUGGGCAAGGCCCUGGAAGGCAUCAAUAAUGGAAUCACUCAAGCUGGAAGGGAAGUGGACAAAGUUUUUCAUGGACUAAGCAACAUGGGAAGCCAGGCUGGCAAGGAGGUGGACAAGGGCAUCCAUGGACUCAACAACGGCUUGGACAAGGUAGCCCAUGGGAUCAACAAUGGCAUCGAACACACAGGAAAGGAAGCAGAGAAGUUUGGCCAUGGGGUCAACCAUGCUGUUGGACAGGUUGAGAAGGAGGCAGACAAAGUAAUCCAUCAUGGGAUCCAUCAUGGGGUCAACCAGGCAGGAAACGAAGCAGGGAGGUUUGGCCAGGGGGCCCACCAUGCCCUGGGUCAGGCUGGGAAUGAGGCUGGGAGGCUUGGCCAGGGGGCCCACCAUGCUCUAGGGCAGGCUGGGAAUGAGGCUGGGAGGUUUGGCCAGGGGGCCCACCAUGCCCUGGGUCAGGCUGGGAAUGAGGCUGGGAGGCUUGGCCAGGGGGCCCACCAUGCUCUAGGGCAGGCUGGGAAUGAGGCUGGGAGGUUUGGCCAGGGGGCCCACCAUGCCCUGGGUCAGGCUGGGAAUGAGGCUGGGAGGCUUGGCCAGGGGGCCCACCAUGCUCUAGGGCAGGCUGGGAAUGAGGCUGGGAGGUUUGGCCAGGGGGCCCACCAUGCCCUAGAGGAGGCUGGAAAGGAAAUAGAGAAGUUUGGCCAUGGAGUCCACCAUGGGGUUAAUGAGGCCUGGAAGGAGGCUGAAAAGCUCGGUCAGGGGGCUCACAAUGCUGUUGGACAGGCUGGAAAAGAGGGGAACAGAGUGGUCCAAGGGGCCUAUCAUGGCGUUAACCAGGCUGGAAAGGAGGUGGAAAAAUUUGGCCAAGGUGUCCAUCAUGGGGCUAAUGAGGCCUGGAAGGAGGCUGAGAAGCUCAGUCAGGGGGCCCACCAUGCUGUUGGACAGGCUGGGAAAGAGGUGGAAAAAUUUGGCCAAGGGGUCCACCAUGGGGUUAAUGAGGCUUGGAAGGAGGCUGAGAAGCUCGGCCAGGGGGCCCACCAUGCUGUUGGACAGGCUGGAAAAGAGGGAGACCGAGUGGUCCAAGGGGCCUAUCAUGGCGUUAACCAGGCUGGGAAAGAGGCUGAGAAGCUCGGCCAGGGGGCCCACCAUGCUGUUGGACAGGCUGGAAAAGAGGGAGACCGAGUGGUCCAAGGGGCCUAUCAUGGCGUUAACCAGGCUGGGAAAGAGGUGGGACCAUUUGGCCAGGGAGUUCAUCAUGCCGUUGAACAGGCUGAAAAGGAUGCAGACAAAGUGGCCCAAGGGGUCCACAAUGGGGUCAACCAGGCCGGGAACCAGGCAGAGAAGCUUGGCCAAGGGGUCCACCAUGCUGCUGGUCAGGCUGCAAAGGAAACGGAGAAGCUUGGCCAAGGGGUCCACCAUGCUGCUGGCCAGGCCGGGAAGGAGGUGGACAGGUUGCACCAGAAUGUUCAUAAUGGGGCCAACCAAGCCGGCAAGGAGGCCAACCAGCUGCUGAAUGGCAGCCAUCAAGGCGGAUCUACCGGCCAGCACGCAGGGACCGCAACCACCACAUUAACAUCUGGAGCCUCGGUCAACAAGCCCUUCAUCAACUUUUCAGCUCUGUGGAAGAGCGUCGCCAACAUCAUGCCCUAAACUGAUGUCCUGGCCUUGCUGAGCGCACUGUUUCUGUUGUCAUACCAGCUCACGUGACCUGGAGGAGCUGGGGGUGGGGGUAGGUUUCUGGAGUCCCGCCAAGGGCUGUACUGAGAUUUGUGAAUAAAUGUAACACCCUGUACUCUU